UCGCCUUAUUUUUUGGUGACCCGCCCAAACGCAUCACAAAAUUCAAAUUUGAGUUCUCGAGUUGGUCACGCUAAUCAUUUAAGUUAGACAACGUUUGGCAACUCUCCUUUUCAAUAAAGUUUUGAACUUCAUAACUCAUCUCUUCAUUAAAUCCAUCGAAAUCCGAUUUGAUCCAUCCGAAAAUGGCCAAUUCCGAUUCCUCCGCUACUCUUGCUGCUCCUCUCGCUCCUAAGAAGGAGAAUAUUACUCCUAUUGGUUCGAAGAUCGCGGAAUUAAAUGAAUCAAGAACAGAGCUUCUCAGUAGAAUUCAGAGCUUAAAACAGGAUAUGCAAAAUUGGAGAUCGAAGCUGGACACCCAAGUGAAAAUCUAUCGUGAUGAGUUUUCAGAAUUGAAGAAAUCAUUGAACGUCGAGGUGGAUCAACUAAGAUCAGAAUUUCAAGAGCUUAGGAACACACUCCAGCAGCAACAAGAAGAUGUUACUGCUAGCCUGAAGAAUUUAGGGCUACAAGAUAGCCAAGGAGAUUCCAAAGAUGUCCAAGAUCCCAAGGUUGAUAAAAAAGAUGAGGAUAAACAUGCUUUAACAGAGGAGGAUACCGUUAAGAAAGCUGAAAACUAGGCGGUGGGAGCUUGUACUUCUCGUAGUUUAUGCUCCUAGAGGAGAAAGAUCAUCCAUUUCUGAAUUCAUUCUUCUGGGAUUUUCUAGGGCAGUUGCGAUUUAUGAGUCAAAAUUAGUAACUGCGUAGAUGUCUAGCACAAGGUAGGAGCUUUUACCUGUAAUUCCUGAGUUUUGCAUAUUAUUGUUGGGACAUUCGCAUAUUAUUCCAAUUAAAAUGCCUUUCAAUGUUCAUCA